AUGCCCCCAAAGAAAAGCGCUCUUGCCGACGCCUGGGACGACGACUGGGAAUCGCUCGCUGAUAAAGAAGACGAACAGCCAGAAGCACCCAAGCCAGAACCAAAACUCACCAAAGCGCAACUCAAAGCCAGGCACAUUGAGCUCAAUAAACAACUAUGGCAAUCAGCCGAGAAUCCAGAACCCCAAUGGUACCCAGAAGUUCGCAGCUCUGUCCCCGUCGCAACCUUCAAACCCAAAGUCACCAUGCUAGCCCGCAAGCCCGCCCCCCAAGUCCUCGCCCGCAACAUGGCGGGCUUAGCUCUCGACGACGACGACAGCGAAGAAGAGCGCCGCAAGAAAGCCGCCGCCGACUUUGAAGAGCGCAAGACGCGCGCGCAACAGGAACGCGCAGAUAAAGAGCGCAAGUACGCAGAAGCACGUGAGCGCAUCUUUGGGUCACCCGCUGCCUCUGCAACCGAGGACUCGCGCAGCAACUCGCCAAACAGACCCAUGAGAGGCAGGGGCAAGGGAAGAGGCGGCAAGGAUAUGCAGACACGGUCGAGUAACGAGCAAUCGCCUGCGAGGGCAUCGGCGAAUGCAACCACGGCCACGGCCACAGCACGGGGGUUGUUUGAUCCUACGUAUACGCCCAAACCAGGGUCUGUAUAUAUCCAGAGGAAGGAGGCAGGUGCUAGUCGACCGGCUACACCGAAUGGACAGGAGAAGCCUAUUCGACAGCCUCAAGGGCCUGCGAGAGGGGGCGGAAGAGGCUUUGGGGGAAGAGGAGGUUUUGCUGCGCAGGCUGCAAACGGCUAUUCACACAUGCCGGCAUCCUCGGAGGCGCCCGACACGACAAGAGUUACCAAUUUGCCAUCUCCAUUCCUCGCAUACAGGCCAUGGAAUGGGAUUCAUCAAUGCGCUACACGAAAACACAUAUCCACAACACGAGCAGCAAAUGCUGUCCGCGAAAAAGGGGCUCGACACUUCCGCCUCGGGCCGUCAUCAACAGUAGACCACAGCGGUCAUAUCGCCCUUUGGUGUGGCAAUAAUUCACAUGUCCUCCGCAUGGCCGAUACACUUGUCCAUGAGGACGCGUAUAAUUCGCAAACAACUCCUAGCAGACCACCACGAGGGCUGUGGACCCGGGGUAUGGUUGCAUGCCAACGUUAUCAAGCCGCGGAUAUGAUGUUGGCAAUGGAUGGCAAGGCAAGGCAAGUUGUACCAUUGGAUGAUCAAUGGCCAGGGCAAAUGGACGAGCUUGGAGUACCAUACCAAGACGCAUACGAAACAUCUGGCAGAGUUCACAGUUUCUUGGACGCACAAUCUGCAAUCAGACGGUUCAAAGGACGAGCAUUGGCCUGCGUAUCACAUGGGCUUGUCUGA